UGAGUGUGAGUUGAGGUUUCACAAUAUCCAACAAGCAAGCAGUUUUUAUAUUGCUUUUGUGUUUUUCUCUUCCCUUUGUUCAGAAAGAGAGAGUAUGGAGAUGAAACUGAUGGGUUGUUGGUCUCUGAUAGUUUUUGGGUUGGUGGUUAUGGUUUUGAACAAUGCAUGUCCUGCAAAUGGGGUCACAUGCCAAGGGGCCCUAAUGACUUUGAUGCCCUGUGAGCCAUACUUGGUGGGUUCUGGCCCAGGCACUCCUGCCGUUCCUUGUUGUGCUGGUGUCCAAACCCUUGUUUCUGAGGCUUCCUCCACUGAAAUCCGCAGGAGCCUCUGUGAAUGCUUGAAAAAAGCUGCAGCUGGGAUGAAGAUUGACCCAGGCAGACUUAAGGCCAUGCCCGAAUACUGCAAGGUCUCCAUGCCCGUACCUCUUGACCCCGCCGUCGACUGCAGCAAAGUUCCUCUGUUCUAAAGGGUGUGCAUGAUGAUGGUAUGAAAUAAAACUCGGAGAAUGAUUAGCUGCAAGCCAGAUGUUUUGGGAUGUGCAGAAAAUUAAUUUGUGUUUGAUUCCUUUUGUGCAUCCAAAAUAUGUAUUGAAAAGCAAUUAUAAAGUAAAAGAAUGCUAUCAUUUCGCCAAUUGUUCUCUCUUUUUUCUUAACUUGGUUUAGUAUCUGCUCCCAACUAAAAAGCAAUUAAGCUGUAUCCUUUUACAAGGCUAUAAAAUUUGACAUGCAUCAGAUGGCAAAAACUAAAUAAAACUCCAAACUCCAAAUGCAGCCUCCAAACUCUUCUGAAAUAAUAUGACUUUUAUUACCAAUAAAAAAUAACCCACCAACCCCAUCAGCACCAAAUGUGUUUUCAGCUGUGGAGGCUUGUUUGAAUGAGACUGAGAGUUACUGUUGCAUGUCAAGACAUUGUCCAGGAGCCUUACUGAUAUACCAUUUUCAUGAGAAAAUUUCACUCACCAAAAUCUACAUUGCUAGGUAUUAUACUCGGUACAAUGUUAACUACCCUGUAAUGAAAAAGAAGAAGAAAAGAUUAGCAUCAAUGCAAAACUUAAUCUCUGAUUCUCUCUGUGUCUCAGAAAUGAAAAAAAAAUCAAGAAAUACCAAUUGUCUUGUUGAGCAGCCAGAGCAGAAGGGCCAGUUGAAUUGCAAAAAUAGAGUGAAGCCACAUUCUAUCCACCGUGAACCCAAACACUGUGAUCCCUGCUCUAUUAUUCUCCAGAUAUUUCACUGCAAAAGCGACCACGCGCUAUCAUUACAAAAAAAUAGAAAGAAGCAAAAACAUAAAUAAAUAAAUAAAUUCAACACUGUCACUGAAGAUGAUGAUCUGUUCCUACUACAACCUAGAGCUUCUCUUUUCUGGAAUGAGAUUGUGUGAGUUUACAUUGGCACCAGCUUGGUGUUGUCCAAAUCGUCAUCUUCUCCAGCUUCGUCAUCUUCUGAUUCGAUAUCAGCACCAAAAGGAAACACUUGAGCUGAAGAAAUCGGAGCCAUUGGAGUCUCACUUUCUGUGUAAUCAAAAGACUGUAUUGUGGCGCAGACAUGCCACUUUGCAGCAAGCCCCGUUAUCGACUGCGCUUUGUGUGUUAUUUUUGUUGCACUUCGCAAGCAAAUGAAAAGGCUAAUAACUAGGCUAAUGGAACAUAACUGCAACAUUACCAGAAAACAAAAAUGGCAAUAUAUAUAUAUAUAUAUAUAAUUUGAAUCAGAUAUUGUCAUAUAUGUAAGUGAACGAAAGAUUGAAAAUUACCGCAAGCUCUCCAGCCUUGAAGAUAUUAAUAUGAGCACUAGACCUAGUUACCAUGACCAGAGAAAUGAGCUGACUCGCUGUGACCAUAAUUAGAGAGAGCAAGAUGAAUACUCGAAA